ACUGCAGUUGAAAUUCAUCUCAUCUGAGCUCAGUGAAGUUGUCUCGACACUUACCAGUCGACUGAAAGAAAGAAGCCCAGAAAUCGCCCUUGUUCGAAAAUCAACAAUCUUCAAGAUUAGGGUUUUUAGGGUUCGGGAAAUUUUUGCCUGUCUUCUCGAUUCCCCCUCACCAACAGCGAAUCGCGAUGCCAGAACGUGGAGAGGAUCUAUGAAAAACCGCGCGGCAUGGCCGAUUCCAUGGAAGGAGGCUCGGGAAGAUUUUAGGGUUCGGGAAGGAAGCUCGGGAAGAUUUUAGGGUUCGUGAAAGGAGGAAGGGGGUUUUGCUUCUCGUGGUGGGUUCGUGGUUCGGAAAGGCUCUCGUCGUCGUCGACGACUACCGCCGCCGAUCUGGAGAAGGGGGAGCGUCGUGCUUCGUUCGUCGGAGAAGAGGGAUUUUCUCUGGAAUAUCGACUCGGGGAAAGGGAAGGGAAAAAUGGUGACGAUAGAAAGUGACUGAGGAGUAAAACUUCUCAUUUACCGUUGCGACUUUUUUUUUUCCACGUGGAAUUCACUUGUUCGGCGAUAAAAGCCACGUCGGUUGGUCCGUUUGUCCAGUCAGCCCGUUAACUUACACUGUCAAACAAUUGGACGGAAGUGGCUAUUUCUGGUAUUUCGCCAAAAGUGGCUAUAUUUGGCAAAACCGUCAAAGUUUUGGCUAUACAGGUGCAUUUGGCCUAAAUAGUUUACAAAGUUCUAGAGCUAUUGGAAAAAAUUGAAUUAAUUACUUAGUUCGUAGAUGAUGUUAAUUUCUCCAUUUUGACAAAGAACGGUCUAGCUUCACCUAAUUACACCUAGAUGUAGGCGCGUCGAUAUACUCCGUCCCCGCACUAUGAAUUUCUAACAGAUUCCUAUACUGAGACAUUUUUUUGUUAUUGCCUAGCGCCUAAACACGACUUUUUGAACCAUUGAUAUAAGUAAAUUCAAUUUGUGGUCACUAAUGCAUUGCAGAACGAAACUGAAGCAGACAGAAGUGGAUUGCGAGUUCCUGAAGAUACGCUGCGAGAGCUUAAGCAACGAGAACAGAAGAUUGAAGACCGAGCUGCGCUAUGGAAGAAAUGUCGAUUCAUGCCCUCGAGCCUUGAUGACGACGACGUGCCAGUCCUGCCAGAAACGAAACGUUUCGUCGAGUGGAACCAGCAGCAGCGGCGGUCAACCGUAUGAUAAACAACAACAACAACAAUAAUAGAUUAUAGAAAAAUUAGUAGUAGCAAUAAUAAUGAUAAUAUUAAUUAGGCAGAGUUAAUAAGUAAUUAACUUUAUAAAAACAAAAGUAAUCAACGAUGGGGAGGGUUAAUUAGGCGGUCCGAAAGAAAAAAAGAAUACAUGGAUUAUCUGAUGGGAUGAAGAAAUAGAUGCAAGGAAAUUAAUGAUAAGUUUUAAGUGUACUUAGUCUUAGUGGUAAAGUAUAGUAUUAGUAGGGUGGGGGUUAUGGAAGGCUGGUUUUGGCAAAAGGUGAUUUAUUAUAACUUCAUGAUUAAUUAAUUAAUUAAUUAAUCUCUUAAUUACGGAGCGACCGUUGAUGGCUAGCUAGGCUACCCUUUUCAUAGUCGUGGGUAUAAUUCCUCGCUUCAUAAUAGUUGUGGCCAAUGCAGUCAAAAUCGAGCAUUAAAACUUAAAAACUUACGAUUUUACGCUUUUAGAUCACCAAAACGCUUUCGUUUCCAUAUAAAAACUUAAGUGUAUAAAAUCGGACUAAAUUGCGCUUUAAAGCUUAAAAGCUAACGGUUUUACGCUUCUAGUUCACCAAAUGCUUUACGUUUUUAAGCUUUUAGUUCACUAAAUGAGUAUUCUUUUCAUGAAAUUAAUUAUAAAAAGUAUAUUUAAAAGUAAAUCACCAACAAUAUGAUACAUUUGAGAUUAUAAGAUACAUAUCAGGUACUUGGAUGCAUUCUCAACUUCAAUAGAGUAAUAAAUUCACUAGCUAGGCUUUUCCCAAAUUCAUUAGCAUAGAGAGAAAAGUGGCUUAUUGUUAAAAUUUAUGUUUACGAACUUAUUAUUAAGAUGCUAUAAGUUGUUCUACUUUAGGCAUGAAUCGCAUGUAUUUAUUAACUUAUCUGUGCGUUCAUAUUUUGCAUAGCAUAUAUCCUACUUAAUAGAUUUUUAGUUAUUUUUCAGUAUGCGUCAAAAACUUACGCGUUUACGCUUUGAUUCUACGCUUUACGAUUUUAUCCCUUAUCCGCUUCUAGGUAGAAUCGCGCUUUUGACUGCAUUGGCUGUGGCUAAUAUAUUGUAUUUACCAUUUAUAGAAUGUUUAUAUGUGCAACACUUUGUUUGUAACAUACAUAUUACUAUUAGGUGCAUUCCUUUAUUAGUCAUUUUGACUUUCUCAUGUUUUUAAUACGUUCUAAGCAUAUUCGAAGAAAUUUGAGUAUUUGACUAGAAAGUUUCAUGGUUAAAUAUCAAACAAAACACACAUCAUUAGUGUAAAUAUACAAAGAUAUAACCAUCAAACUCUACCAACCAACAGGUAGCUAGUUAAACUUAAGAUGUGCAUGGGUACAUGAUUUCAUAAUAACUGAAGAUAUAAUUAUAAUAAAACUAAUUAUUAUAAGUUUAUAGAUGUUCCUAACACCAACCUAAAAGACACUAAAUAAAUGCACUCGGUAGUCGACUUUGACUAACGAAUAAAAUACUACAUUGCAA